AUGGCGGCCGACGCCGACCUCGACGUGGCGGCGGUGGAAAGUUUCCUCGAGAGGCACCCGGAGCUGGUGGAGAGGUGGCUGCAGAGGAAGCAGGCGCCCCGCGGCGCCGAGGAGCCGCGCGGCCCCGACGGCGGCGCCGUGCCCGCCGCCAGCGGCGGGGCUCUGCAGCGGCGCGCCUCGCAGCGCGAGCUGCGCCGGAGCUUCGCCCGCUCCAAGGCCAUCCCCGUGAACCGCACCUACGACGAGCACGUGCACGGGCGCGCGCAGGAGCCGCUGAGCAGCGCGCGGCGGCGGGCGCUGCUGCGCAAGGCGAGCUCGCUGCCGCCCACGACGGCGACCAUCCUGAGCGCGCUGCUCGAGUCGCGGGUCCGCCUGCCCCAGUACCCGCCCGGCGCCCUCACCGGCAAGCGCCACCUCCGCGAGCGCAACGAGCGGCAGUUCUUCCUCGAGCUGCUCAAGGACAUCUCCAACGACCUGGACCUCGCCAGCCUYAGCUACAAGAUCCUCAUCUUCGCCUGCCUCAUGCUCGACGCCGACCGCGGCUCCCUGUUCCUCGUGGAGGGCGCCGCGGCCGGCAAGAAGAGCCUCGUCUCCAAGUUCUUCGACGUGCACGCGGGGACACCGCUGCUGCCGUGCGGCUCGUGCGAGGGCAGCGAYGAGGUGCAGGUGCCCUGGGGCAAGGGCAUCAUCGGCUACGUGGCCGAGCACGGAGAGACGGUCAACAUCCCCGACGCCUACCAGGAUCGUCGCUUUAACGACGAGAUCGACAAGCUGACGGGCUACAAGACCAAGUCGCUGCUGUGCAUGCCCAUACGGAACAGCGACGGAGAGGUCAUUGGAGUCGCCCAGGCAAUAAAUAAGACUCCCGGAGGUGCCCCUUUCUCUGAAGAUGAUGAAAAAGUGAUGCAGAUGUACCUCCCGUUUUGUGGGAUUGCCAUAUCCAACGCCCAGUUGUUUGCAGCUUCAAGGAAGGAAUAUGACAGAAGCAGGGCUUUGUUGGAAGUGGUGAAUGAUCUCUUUGAGGAACAGACCGACUUGGAGAAAAUCGUCAAGAAAAUCAUGCAUCGGGCGCAGACGCUGCUGAAGUGCGAGCGGUGCUCAGUGUUGCUUCUGGAAGAUAUCGAGUCUCCAGUGGUGAAAUUCACCAAGUCCUUUGAACUGUUAUCUCCCAAAUGCAGUGCUGAUGCUGAGAACAGUUUCAAAGACAGCGUGGAGAAAUCCCCGUCGUGCUCCGACUGGCUCAUCAAUAACAGCGUGGCGGAACUCGUGGCUUCCACGGGGCUCCCGGUGAACAUCAGCGACGCCUACCAGGAUCCCCGCUUCGAUGCCGAAGCUGACCAGAUUUCUGGCUUUCACAUAAGGUCUGUCCUGUGCGUUCCCAUAUGGAAUAGCAGUCACCAAAUAAUCGGAGUGGCUCAAGUGUUGAACAGGCUUGAUGGGAAACCCUUUGAUGAUGCCGACCAGCGACUGUUUGAGGCUUUUGUUAUUUUUUGCGGUCUGGGCAUUAACAACACGAUAAUGUAUGACCAAGUGAAGAAAUCCUGGGCGAAGCAGUCUGUGGCUCUUGAUGUAUUAUCUUAUCAUGCAACAUGUUCAAAGGCAGAAGUUGACAAAUUUAAGGCAGCAAACAUUCCUCUGGUGUCAGAGCUUGGCAUUGACGACAUGCACUUCGAUGACUUCUCGCUUGAUGUGGAUGCCAUGAUUACUGCGGCCCUGCGGAUGUUCAUGGAGCUUGGCAUGGUGCAGAAGUUCAAAAUUGACUACGAGACRCUGUGCCGGUGGCUUCUGACGGUGAGGAAGAAUUACCGGAUGGUUCUGUACCACAACUGGAGGCACGCCUUCAACGUGGGCCAGCUCAUGUUCGCCAUGCUCACUACAGCAGGAUUUCAGGAGAUUCUGACUGAAAUUGAAAUCCUUGCUUUGAUUGUGGGGUGCUUGUGUCAUGACCUUGACCACAGGGGAACCAACAAUGCCUUCCAAGCCAAGAGCGGAUCGGCGCUCGCGCAGCUCUACGGCACCUCGGCCACCCUGGAGCACCACCACUUCAAUCACGCCGUCAUGAUCCUCCAGAGCGAGGGUCACAACAUCUUUGCUAACUUGUCCUCCAAGGACUACAGUGACCUUAUGCAGCUUCUAAAGCAAUCGAUAUUGGCAACAGACCUCACUCUGUAUUUUGAGAGAAGAUCUGAAUUUUUUGAGCUUGUCAGCAGAGGUGCUUAUGACUGGAAUAUUAAAGACCAUCGAGAAAUGUUUCGAUCAAUGCUAAUGACAGCCUGUGACCUUGGAGCGGUGACCAAACCGUGGGAGAUUUCAAGACAGGCAGCUGAACUGGUAACCAGCGAGUUUUUUGAACAAGGGGACAGAGAAAGAUCUGAACUCAAGCUCACACCUUCAGCCAUUUUUGAUCGGAACAGGAAAGAUGAACUACCCCGGCUGCAGCUGGAGUGGAUUGAUAGCAUCUGCAUGCCUUUGUAUGAGUGCCUGGUGAAGCUAAACGCCAAGCUGAAGCCCAUGCUGGACUCUGUGGCAGUGAACAGGGYCAAGUGGAAGGAGCUGCACCAGAAGAGAGCCCCUUCCCAGGCCUCGCCCCCGGCCUCCUUCUCUGCCAGCUUUUCCGUGUCUCUGGAAGACAUACAUUAAGGCAGCGAACAUGAGCRCUGGUUUCUGAGCAGAGCUGUGC